AUGGAAAAAUAUUACUGGAUAAAGGAAAUAACAUUGGAAUCGUGUCAAAUUAAGAAGGGAGAUAAAAAGUCUGUCGAAAUGAUUGAAUGUGAUACAAAUUAUAAUAAAGUAUUAAAUUCUAUAAAAGAAGACAAUGAAGCAUUACAUUUACAAUUAGCUGCCGAAAAAGGGUAAAAAAAGAUUUUAUUUGAUUGUUUCAAAAAAAUUAGAGCUAGAUCAAUAAUUAAAUACCAAAAGAAAAAACUGAAUUGUCUACGACUCUAGACAAUAAUAAUUCGUUAGUAUUAAAACUCAAGGACCACGAUACGACUAUUAGGAAUAAAGAGUUGUUAAUGAACAAUUUGACAAAAAAUAUAAGUUCUGCAGAAGAAAGAUUGAAAAUUCAAGAUGCAAAGAUAUUUGAAAUGAAAAAUUACGUUAUUCUGCUUGAUGCAGAGCUAAACGAAUAUAAAGAUAAACAAUUCUACCUAGAUCUUAAAUUUAAAAAAGACAACGAGUUAAAGAUAAAAAGUGAUGAGUUAUAUAAUAAAUUGAAGAUAAAAUACGAUGAGUUAAACAACAAGGUGUUAAAUGUAAAAUUGUCUGAACUCGACCGUUUAACAAAGCAUUUCAAUGGAAAUAUAGAGUCCUUGAAACAAAUUAUGGCUGAAAUAACACAGAAGCUUACUCAACGCGAUGACGAAUUAUGCGAAUGUGUAAAGCAGAAAAAUAAUGUACAAUCCGGAAAUAAAUUAUUAAUGGAAUCACAUAGUAAAUUAUUAACAAGGUUCAAUACACUUAAAAUACAAUGCGAUGAACAAACUAAAACCAUUGACAUGAAAAAUGAUACGGAAGAAUCUUUGACAACUGAAUUGGACACCGUGAAAGAAACGCUACAGAUGAAAGAUGCUGAUUUGAUGAAACUGCAUCUGAGAAUUUCCGAACUUACGGAAGAGUUAAGCUAUUUAAAAUGA